UGCGCGUGCGCAACUGCGCAGUGAACACUGAAUACUUGAAUAGAGCUCGCCUCACUAAUCAGUAUUGCUUUUUACCGGCAGCUAACAAACUGUUAGUUUUGUUGUUUGUCUAUGUUUGUGAUAGUUCUGUGCUCAAUCGGGGAUAACAUUGUUCGGUAAAAUGAAAAUGCCCUGGGAUUCGUGUUUCAGCCUUCGCACAAAAUGUUUUGUUAUUGGCUAUUUAAAUUUGUUUGUGAGCAUCAUAGAUAUCGGGGCACACCUCUUCAUCGUGUCUUCAGUCACUAAAGGCUUUGAAUGUGAUGUUGACAAAGAAAGUCUUAACUCGAUAGACGUCCCGUGGUUGGAGCCGUUUCUACUUAUCAUUAACGUGGGCACGCAUGGACUCUACCCCUUCCCGUUCAUUAUGCGUAUCUACAAAAGUGAUUUCAUGAUUCCAGCGAAGCCGAGAUGCUAUCCUGGAAUGGUCCACAUCAAUAGAAUAGAUGUUCUCAACUUUUUAAUUAAUUUCAUUUGGUUGAAGUUCGUGACAUCUUACGUAGCUUCUGUACAUAAGCGAGAUCCCGAACGCAUGCGCACUUUCUUUGGCCUAUCCUUGGUCAAGCUAAUAUUCGAAAUCCUUUAUCUCGCGUACCAACCAGACCUAUACAGUAUAUUCACUACUGAGAGCUAUUGGUUCCUUAAAUUCAUGGAUAUUUGCAUCGGGGCUCUGUUUUUGAUUGUAAUAAAUAAAUACAUUGCACAAUUACGUAUCGAGAACGCCCAAAGGACAAAGGACCAGCCACCAUCAUAUAUCGAAUGUUUAAUCAAUGGCCCCAUGACUCGUGUUGAUGAAAAAAAAGAUCUAACCUUAACCAUUGAAGAGAAAAAAAAUGAUGAAUCCGUUCCAAAAGGAGAGAGUUCUUAAAUUUUUGGUAUUUCACUCGACCUUAGUUACUAAGAGAAGCUUGACUUUUUUGAUUACUGAAAAAUUGUAUUUGCAAGUAUUUCUAUUAAAUGUAAUUCUAAUAUAAAUCAUUUAUUAUUUCCACAACAAAAGCUCGAUUUACCAGAAUUAAGAAACAUGUAAUGGCGUAUUUAAUUUACUUAAUAUAGAUACAUAAUUUUAUAAA